AAAAUUAAAGCAUGGAUGUCUAUAAAUGCAUUACCAUUAUUGGGUUCUGCUUUACGAGUUUUCUACUAUAGGACAGCGAUAGGACAACUGCCUCCUCGGCUCGCUCUCUCGCUCCGUCGCGGCAGCCCUUGCUCAGCCUCUAGGAAGAAGAUGAGUCCUGAGGUCAUCAGAGACACAACCAAUGACCUCUCAGAUUCCCUGAAUGACAAGAAGCAGCAGUCCAUAACUCUCCAAGGCCACCAAUUCUUGGUCCAUGGCUUCCCCUUCCUCUUCGACGUACCCUCCAACAUAGUUCUAACUCCCUACAGUACUUCCCUCGGUGCCCACCACACAGAAGCACCCAUUAAUUCCGGCCACUUUGUUGGCUUCAACGCCGAUGCUGCUGACAGCCGACAUGUCGUCUCGAUCGGCAAGCUCGAAGGCAUCAGGUUCAUGAGCAUCUUCCGGUUCAAGGUCUGGUGGACUACACACUGGAUCGGCGACAAAGGCGGCGACCUCGAGCAUGAGACCCAGAUCAUGAUCUUAGACAGGUCCGAUUCCGGGCGCCCUUAUGUUCUCCUCCUCCCCCUCAUGGAAGGCCCCUUCAGGGCAUCCCUGCAACCAGGGGAAUCCAACGAUGUCGACCUCUGCGUCGAAAGCGGAUCGACUCAAGUCCUGGAAUCGAACUUCAGGGCCUGCUUAUACCUGCUUGAUGGUGACGAUCCCUUCGACCUGGUGAAGAACGCCAUGAAAGCCGUAAGACACCAUUUAGGCACAUUCAAGCUGCUGGAAGAGAAGACGCCCCCGAGAAUCGUGGACAAGUUUGGUUGGUGCACCUGGGACGCCUUCUACCUGAAGGUGCAUCCACAGGGGGUGUGGGAAGGGGUGAAGGGGUUAGUGGAGGGAGGGUGUCCACCAGGGAUGGUGCUCAUAGAUGAUGGGUGGCAGUCCAUCUGCCAUGACGAUGACCCCAUUACUGAUCAGGAGGGCAUGAACAGGACCUCUGCAGGGGAGCAGAUGCCUUGCAGGCUGAUCAAAUUCCAGGAAAACUAUAAGUUCAGGGACUACUGCCCCAGUGGGCAGGACGGCACAUCCCCUGCAGGAAUGGGGGGCUUCAUCAGGGAGCUGAAGAACACGUUUAAGAGUGUGGAGGAUGUGUAUGUGUGGCAUGCGCUGUGUGGGUACUGGGGAGGGAUCCGGCCGGGGGUGGAGGGCAUGCCUGAGUCGGAGGUCAUCAAGCCGAGGCUGUCGCCGGGGUUGCAGAUGACAAUGGAGGACCUCGCCGUGGACAAGAUUGUGAACAAUGGCGUGGGGUUGGUGCCGCCGGAGAAAGCUCAUCAGUUGUAUGAAGGGCUGCACUCUCGUCUUGCUGCCGUCGGGAUCGAUGGGGUGAAGGUGGACGUGAUUCAUCUGCUGGAGAUGGUGUGCGAGAAGUAUGGGGGAAGGGUGGAGCUGGCCAAGGCAUAUUACAAGGCUCUCACUGACUCGGUGAGGAAGCACUUCAACGGCAAUGGAGUCAUUGCCAGCAUGGAGCACUGCAACGACUUCAUGUUCCUCGGCACCGAUGCCAUAUGCCUUGGCCGCGUAGGUGAUGAUUUUUGGUGCACCGACCCAUCGGGCGACCCGAACGGGACGUUCUGGCUGCAAGGAUGCCACAUGGUCCACUGUGCCUACAACAGCCUGUGGAUGGCUCACUUCAUCCACCCGGACUGGGACAUGUUCCAGUCCACCCACCCUUGCGCUGCCUUCCACGCCGCCUCUCGCGCCAUCUCCGGCGGUCCCAUCUACGUCAGCGACUCCGUCGGCGACCACAACUUCCGCCUCCUCAAGACCAUCGUCCUCCCCGACGGCUCCAUCCUCCGCUGCAACUUCUACGCCCUUCCCACCCGCGAUUGCCUCUUCCAAGACCCGCUCCACGACGGCCAAACCAUCCUCAAGAUAUGGAACUUGAAUAAGUUUACUGCAGUACUUGGAGCGUUUAAUUGCCAAGGCGGAGGAUGGUGCCGCAAGGAGAGGAAAAACAAAUGCUUCUCACAGUAUUCCCACCAAAUAAAAGCUUCAGCAAAGCCGGUGGAUAUAGAAUGGAGCAAAGGGAAGGAUCCCAUUUCAGUCGACGGCGUCGAUCUGUUCGCUGUGUACCUUUUCCAAGGAAAGAAGUUGGUUCUCCUCAAACCACAAGAGAACUUAGAUAUUGAACUGCAACCGUUUGAUUUUGAACUCUUGACUAUCUCCCCUGUGAAGUCUUUCACCACUAAGGGCAUUAAGUUUGCUCCAAUUGGGCUUGUUAACAUGCUUAAUACUGGAGGUGCAAUUCAAAUGGUUGAUUACAAUGAAAAUGAGGCCACAGUGUCCAUUAAGGUGAAAGGAUAUGGUGAAAUGCGCAUCUUCACGUCCGAAAACCCAAGAUCAUGCAGAAUUAAUGGAGAAGAAGUUGACCACUCUUAUGAAGACAGAAUGGUUGUGGUUCAGGUUGCUUGGCCAGCUUCUGGGUUCUCUCUUAUUGAGUUGUUGUUUUAAGCACUGGCCUAGUUCCUGGUCUUGCUGCUGCAGGGAUGUGUCUUGAUGUUAGUCCCAUUCAUUGCUUUCAUGCAACUGAACUUUCUUGGCACUAUUCGGUCAAGAUAAACUGUCAGGAAACUGUUACAUUGUUGUGGUACAUAUCAUAUGCAAAAUUCUGAUAUGUAUGAGAAAUUUUUAUUUUUAUGUGAA